UGAAGGCCCAAAAUUGUGUGUUCCUUUCUGCUCUGACAAUGGCAUGCCCAUUCGUGCGAGAUGUGGUGGAUGAAGAAGCACUUGUGCUGAGGAGAGCCUUCAGGCGAGAAAGGGUCUUCAGGGACCGGUUGGACCCACUGGCCUUCCCUGAUGACCAUCUAUAUGAAAGAUACAGGUUUUCUGCAGAUGGCAUCAGGUAUCUAUGCAGACUACUGGGUCCCAGGAUUAAGCACCGCACUGCACGGAGCCAUGCACUGAGUGUGGAGCAAAUGGUUUGUGUGGCCUUGCGCUUUUUUGCUAGUGGAGCCUUCCUGUACUCAGUGGGGGAUGCAGAACAGCUGAACAAGGCCACAAUUUGCCGCACAAUAAGGAGUGUGUGUCUGGCUAUCAAAGCAUUAGCAGAUGUCUUCAUCUCCUUCCCUGGCCACAGAAGACUCUGUGACAUCAAAGAGGAGUUCUAUAGGAUUGCAGAUGGUCUGCAAUGCUGACUGUGUGAUCAGCAAUGUUGUGGCAAAAUGGCCUGGCUCAGUCCAUGACUCCAGAAUCUUUCGGGCCUCUGAAAUCUAUCAGUGCCUAUCACAAGGUGAAUUCUCUGGUGUGUUGCUGGGAGACAGGGGGUAUGGCUGCCAGCCUUUUCUCCUGACACCUUUCACAGACCCCCAGGAAGCACAGCAGGCCUACAACCAUGCCCAUGCCAGGACCAGGGCCAGAGUUGAAAUGACCUUUGGCCUCCUGAAGGCACGCUUUCACUGCCUUCACAAAUUAAGGGUCAGCCCUGUUAGGGCAUGUGAUAUUACUGUGGCUUGUGCUGUCCUCCACAAUGUGGCCUGCCUGAGGAAGGAGAGGGCCCCCAGAGUGCCACCAGCCAUGGACUGGGACAAUCCGGCAAUCUUCCCUGAUGACGACAGUGGUCGGCUGCUGAGGGACCAAUAUGUGUUGAAUUAUUUUAGUUAGUAUGUGUGCUUUCAAUUUUGAUUAAAUAUGUCCUGCGGUGGCAGAGGAAUUUGGGUUUUUUUGGGUUCGUUUUUUGACGAAUUUGGCCUCUUAUGAUGUUUGUGCGGUAUACUGUGUGUAAUACAAGGCUGCAGGGAGGCUACUGCAUCCAUUCAUUUGUCUGUUCAGUUGAUGUGUAUGGAUUUGUCCUGCAUUUAUUUUAGUGUGCAGACAUGCAGGGUGUGUUAUAUACAGACCUUUGAAUGUGUAUGUAUCAUUUUGUAUAAUAUGCUUGGAUUCUGUGCUUUCCAUCUUGUAGAGUCACUGACUUCAGUUUCGAAAGGAGCUGAUGGUUUACCUGCUUUGUUUUGUCCUUAUUCAAUAAAGGAACAUAAUGUUACACAUUGUGUUUUUAUAUUCA